UACUAACCGUCAGCCAUGUUUCCUUUGAACAGAUCGUACACAUCCCGAUAAUGACAUUUUCACCGAUAUUUUAUCUUCAAACCAAGGCAGCUCGCGCUUUAUGUUACAAGGAGACGUUGCUGUGAGAAGGAACAGGAAUGCCGUGAUCUGUAGAGGAAAGUCUUGCCUCUGGUCAAAAUCAGCCGAAGGUUGGGUCCGCGUGCCGUACACCCUGUCUAACAACUACACCUCGGAGGAGAAGACGCUUAUCCAAGCUGCCAUGGAGGAGGUGGUGGUUCUAACGUGUGUACGCUUCAUUCCACGUCAUGGAGAGCCCAGUUAUUUGAGGAUCCGACCCUAUGAUGGGUGCUGGUCCUAUGUUGGGCGCGUCGGGGGUGCACAGGACCUGUCCCUCAUGAAGUCAGGGUGUCUGCACUGGGGUAUAAUACAGCAUGAACUGCUUCAUUCUCUGGGCUUCCAACAUGAGCAGUGCCGCAGCGACCGAGACAAGUACAUCCGCAUUAACUGGGGAAACAUCAGCCAAGAUAAAGAACGCAAUUUCUACAAGAUGAGUACCCAAAACCUAGGCGUGCCUUAUGAUUACCUGUCUGUUUUACACUAUGGCAAGUUUGCUUUUGCAAGUGAUGCUGGAAAACCGACUCUUGAACCCACCGGCAACCCCCGUGCUUUGAUCGGGCAGCGCGUUGGAUUAAGUUCUUUGGAUGUCGCCAAGAUUAACAAGCUCUACGAAUGCAAUAUCUGUAGUUACCUGCUGCCUGAUGCACAUGGGGCAUUUUCAUGGGAGUCCAAGAAGAACCCUAACAUUACGUCAUGUGUGUGGCUGAUCCGGGUCCCAGAGGACAAAGUUUUCCUGCAGUUUGAGUCGUUCAGCGUUAGUUCCUUUCCAGAUUGUUCUCAGGCCUCUGUUACUGUGUACGAUGGAAUCAGCAGAGAGUCGCCCAUUCUUAUCGACAAAAUCUGCGGAAACAUUGCUCCACUUGCACAGAUUUCCUCUGGAAAAUUUGUCAGAGUAGCAUUCACCAGCUCACGGAUUGGAAGCAGCUUUAAGGCGACAUACAGUUCACUGAAAUGUGGUGGAUCCUUAUUCAGUACAACAGGAAACUUUUCGACUCCAUAUUUUCCCUCCAAAUACCCUAACUCAAUGAACUGCGUGUGGGUCUUAUCUGCACCUGCAGGGUACAAGAUUACACUCCACGUUGCUCCAUUUAGUUUGGAACCGUCACCAGGCUGCUCUUAUGACUAUUUUCUCCUUCGUGAUGGUCGGAGAGAAGCCAAGAAAUGUGGGCACCUUCCCAAGUUGGCUUUCACGUCUUCUACCCAUUCUCUAAUAGUACAUUUUCACAGUGACUCUUCUGUGCAGGCGAAUGGCUUCUUCGCUACAUACUCAUUCUCUCCCUUAUCCCCAAGACGCUGGAAUGAUGUUCAGUCCUAAUCAAGCUUCAGAAAAUCUUCAGUGAUUCCUCCUCUGCACAGCAGGUGGCGCCAUGGAAACUCGCACAGCUAUGUCCC